AUGUACGCGCCUCAAGCCGGAUACAAGGAGGACGUGGAAGAAAAGUUUUUGCAGGAUUUUGAUAGUAUUCUGAUUGGAAUUCCAGAGAGUGAAGAGAUUUGUAUAGGAGGUUAUUUUAAUGGACAUGUGGGAGUUACAAAUGAGAGCUAUGAAAGGGUGCAUGGAGGAUGGAAGUAUGUGAGCCGCAACGAUGAUGGGGACCAGUUGUUCCAAGCUGCGACCGCCUUUAACCUGGCAGUGGUGAAUACGUGGUUCCAGAAAAGUCCUAAACACCUUAUCACCUAUAAGAGUGGUAACCACGCGACACAAAUUGACUAA